ACAACAGGAAGAGACGAGACAAACAUUGAUAUAUCCUUUACGUUUAGUCGCAAGAAUUUCUAUUGUAAAAGCCGAAAAAGCUCGAACCGUUAAAGAUCUUUUAAUUCGAAUAGCACAAUCUGAACAGUUGCGUGGAAAAAUAAGUGAGUCGCAAUUAAUCGACCAACAGCAAAAGCCAGAGAAAAAG